AUGUCGGAACUAUGGUACCAGCAGCCUGCGGAGGACUGGAGUUCAGCCCUGCCAGUCGGGAAUGGGCGCCUAGGCGCCAUGGUGUACGGACGCACCGACACCGAGAUGCUACAGCUCAAUGAGGAUACAGUGUGGUAUGGAGGGCCGCAAGAUCGCAAUCCUCAGGACGCGCUCGAGUAUCUGCCGCGCCUGCGAGAGGCUAUACGCGCGGGAAACCACGCUGAGGCUGAGAAGAUCGCCAAGCUGGCGUUUUUCGCUAACCCGAUCAGCCAGCGGAACUAUGAGCCGCUCGGUAACCUGUUUUUAGAUUUGGGGCAUGAUCCCAGUCAGGUUACAGGCUAUCGGCGCUCACUGGAUAUUGCGAAUGCUACAUCGCAUGUCAGUUAUGAGUACCAGGGCGUUCACUUCGAACGUGAAGUCCUGGCCAGUUACCCGGAUGAUGUGCUUGCGAUCAGAUUGCGUUCCUCGAGCAAGGCUGAGUUCGUCAUUCGCCUGACACGCAUGAGUGACUUGGAAUUUGAAUCACAUGAAUGGCUUGACGAUGUCUGUGCUACCAGCAACUCCAUUACCAUGCAUGUCACGCCUGGAGGCAAGAACAGCAACCGAGCGUGCUGCAGCGUCUCAGUUCGUUGCGACAGUACUGAUAGUACAAUUACCAAGAUUGGAAAUAAUCUGGUGGUGAAUGCUAGUGAUACACUGCUGAUCAUCGCUGCGCAAACUACAUUCCGACACGAGGACAUUGACCAGCGAACCAAGCAAGAUGCAGAGAAUGCCUUGAGCCUCUCUCUGGAUGACCUCCGUGCCCGUCAUGUUGCGGACUACCAGUCUCUGUACAACCGAAUGGAAUUGCAACUUGGGCCGGACUCUCCUGAAAUCCCAACCGACCAACGUCUCAAGUCUUCUCGAGAUCCGGGUCUCAUCGCACUCUAUCACAAUUACAAUCGUUAUCUCCUAAUAUCAUGUAGCCGGGAUGGACACAAAUCGCUUCCUGCAAACCUCCAGGGUAUCUGGAACCCAUCCUUCCAUCCGGCAUGGGGCUCCAGGUUUACCACCAAUGUCAAUCUUCAAAUGAACUACUGGUCUGCAAACAUGUGUAACCUGUCAGAAUGUGAACUUCCUCUGUUUGAUCUACUGGAGCGUAUGGUUGAACCCGGUCAAGAGACAGCUCGGAUCAUGUACGGAUGUCGGGGAUGGACAGCCCAUUCCAACACGGAUAUUUGGGCCGAUACCGCACCCGUUGAUAGAUGGAUGCCGGCAAGCAUCUGGCCUCUGGGUGGUGCAUGGCUUUGCUACCAUAUUUGGGAUCAUUUCCAAUAUACAUGUGAUGAGGCGUUCCUCCGUCGAAUGUUCCCCACUCUGCGAGGGUGUGUGGAAUUCCUCCUCGACUUCCUAAUCGAAGACGCCAAUGGUGAAUAUCUCGUCACCAGUCCGUCUGCUUCUCCGGAAAACUCGUUUUACGACCACAAGGGACAAAAGGGCGUACUGUGUGAAGGAUCAACGAUCGAUAUCCAGAUCAUUGAUGCUAUUCUGGACGCCUUCCAAUCAUGCGCCAAAAGACUUGGUCUCGAAGAUACCCUUCUUCCGACGGUUCAAGCUACCAAGUCCCGGCUCCCACCAAUGAAGAUUUCUCCUGCGGGGUAUCUACAGGAAUGGGCCGCUGACUACGCUGAAGUCGAACCCGGACACCGUCACACCUCCCAUCUGUGGGCCCUCCACCCUGGAAACGCAAUCACGCCGGGACAGACCCCGCAGCUGGCAGAAGCAUGCGGAGUAACCUUACGCCGACGCGCCGAACACGGUGGCGGCCAUACUGGAUGGAGUCGUGCGUGGCUCGUCAACCUACACGCACGUUUACUCGAAGCCGAUGAAUGUAGCAGUCACCUAGACUCGCUUUUGUCCCGUUCUACCUUGUCCAAUCUUCUAGACAGUCAUCCUCCAUUCCAGAUCGAUGGCAACUUCGGCGGUGGGGCGGGUAUUAUCGAAAUGUUGAUCCAAUCACAUGAGCCUGGAGUACUUCGCAUUCUUCCAGCUUGUCCGACGGGCUGGACGGGAUCCAUCCGGGGAGUGCGGGCCCGAGGUGGAUUUGAACUCCAUUUUAAUUUCGAAAAUGGCCGUGUCGUAGGUGGAGUGACUAUCAUUUCGGAGUGUGGAGAGACGGUGGUUGUUCACUUCAAUGAUUCCCAAGUAAAGAUCACCGGGGGUGGUGAGCAUAAGAUUAAAUAG